GUGUGUGCGGCCAGAGUCCGGUGCGGUCCCGGGUGAGCAGCGCGUGGCUGGUGGGCGGGGCAGAGCCAUUGUUCGCAGGCGGACCGAGCCCCCAGCGCUCGUCCGGGAGGGAGGCGGGGCUUCCCGCGUCCCCCGAGCUCCCGAUCCCGGGGUGGCGGCCACGUCUCCCUGCCACGCGCCUGGGGCGACGGGAAGACGGGACGGAGUUGUUAGUGGUGGGCGCCCCCCGAGCGUUCCCCACUGUUUCCUGAGAAACUUCCCCAGUGCCCACCCACCCGUUCUCCGUGUGCCCGAGGGCCGGUCCUGGACUAGGCUCCGCGCCCCAGCCCCAAACCGGGUCCCCAGCCCCUUCCUGAGAGAAAGCUCCCGACUCGGGAUGCCGGGCAGAGGCCCAGCGGCGGGUGGAAGAGAAGCUGAGAAGGAGAAAGGGAAGGGAGGGGGAGCGAGGAGCUGGCGGCAGAGGGAACAGCAGAUUGCGCCGAGCCAAUGGCAACGGCAGGACGAGGUGGCACCAAAUUCCCUUCGGCCAAUGACGAGCCGGAGUUUACAGAAGCCUCAUUAGCAUUUCCCCAGGGGCAGGGGCAGGGGCAGGGGCCGGGUGGUGUGGUGUCGGUGUCGGCAGCAUCCCCAGCGCCCUGCUGCGGUCGCCGCGAGCCUCGGCCUCUGUCUCCUCCCCCUCCCGCCCUCACCUCCACGCGGGACUGCCCGCGCCAUCAACUCCGCGCACUUUGCCCCUGCUUGGCAGCGGAUAAAAGGGGGCUGAGGAAAUACCGGACACGGUCACCCGUUGCCAGCUCUAGCCUUUAAAUUCCCGGCUCGGGAACCUCCACGCACCGCGGCUGGCGCCGACAACCAGCUAGCGUGCAAGGCGCCGCGGCUCAGCGCGCACCGGCGGGCUUCCAAACCGCAGUCCUCCGGCGACCCCAAACUACGCUCCGGAGCCUCAGCCCCUGGAAAGUGAUCCCGGCAUCCGAGAGCCAAGAUGCCGGCCCACUUGCUGCAGGACGAUAUCUCUAGCUCCUAUACCACCACCACCACCAUUACAGCGCCUCCCUCCAGGGUCCUGCAGAAUGGAGGAGAUAAGUUAGAGACGAAGCCCCUCUACUUGGAAGAAGACAUUCGCCCCGAUAUAAAAGAUGAUAUAUAUGACCCCACCUACAAGGAUAAGGAAGGCCCAAGCCCCAAGGUUGAAUAUGUCUGGAGAAACAUCAUCCUUAUGUCUCUGCUACACUUGGGCGCCCUGUAUGGGAUCACUUUGAUUCCUACCUGCAAGUUCUACACCUGGCUUUGGGGGGUAUUCUACUAUUUUGUCAGUGCCCUGGGCAUAACAGCAGGAGCUCAUCGUCUGUGGAGCCACCGAUCUUACAAAGCUCGGCUGCCCCUGCGGCUCUUUCUGAUCAUUGCCAACACAAUGGCAUUCCAGAAUGAUGUCUAUGAAUGGGCUCGUGACCACCGUGCCCACCACAAGUUUUCAGAAACACAUGCUGAUCCUCAUAAUUCCCGACGUGGCUUUUUCUUCUCUCACGUGGGUUGGCUGCUUGUGCGCAAACACCCAGCUGUCAAAGAGAAGGGCAGUACGCUAGACUUGUCUGACCUAGAAGCCGAGAAACUGGUGAUGUUCCAGAGGAGGUACUACAAACCCGGCUUGCUGCUGAUGUGCUUCAUCCUGCCCACGCUUGUGCCCUGGUGUUUCUGGGGUGAAACUUUUCAAAACAGCGUGUUUGUUGCCACCCUCUUGCGAUAUGCUGUGGUGCUUAAUGCCACCUGGCUGGUGAACAGUGCUGCCCACCUCUUCGGAUAUCGUCCUUAUGACAAGAACAUUAGCCCCCGAGAGAAUAUCCUGGUUUCACUUGGAGCUGUGGGUGAGGGCUUCCACAACUACCACCACUCCUUUCCCUAUGACUACUCUGCCAGUGAGUACCGCUGGCACAUCAACUUCACCACAUUCUUCAUUGAUUGCAUGGCCGCCCUCGGUCUGGCCUAUGACCGGAAGAAAGUCUCCAAGGCCGCCAUCUUGGCCAGGAUUAAAAGAACCGGAGACGGAAGCUACAAGAGUGGCUGAGUUUGGGGUCCCUCAGGUUCCUUUUUCAAAAGCCAGCCAGGCAGAGGUUUUAAUGUCUGUUUAUUAACUACUGAAUAAUGCUACCAGGAUGCUAAAGAUGAUGUUAACCCAUUCCAGUACAGUAUUCUUUUAAAAUUCAAAAGUAUUGAAAGCCAACAACUCUGCCUUUAUGAUGCUAAGCUGAUAUUAUUUCUUCUCUUAUCCUCUCUCUCUUCUAGGCCCAUUGUCCUCCUUUUCACUUUGUUGCUAUCGCCCUCCUUUCUCUUAUUGCCUCCCAGGCAAGCAGCUGGUCAGUCUUUGUUCAGUGUCCAGCUUCCAAAGCCUAGACAACCUUUCUGUAGCCUAAAACGAAUGGUCUUUGCUCCAGAUAACUCUCUUUCCUUGAGCUGUUGUGAGCUUUGAAGUAGGUGGCUUGAGCUAGAGAUAAAACAGAAUCUUCUGGGUAGUCCCCUGUUAAUUAUCUUCAGCCCAGGCUUUUGCUAGAUGGAAUGGAAAAUCAACUUCAUUUGACACAAAGCUUCUAAAGCAGGUAAAUUGUCGGGGGAGAGAGUUAGCAUGUAUGAAUGUAAGGAUGAGGGAAGCUAAGCAAGAGGAACCUCUUGCCAUGAUCAGACAUGCAGCUGCCUACCUAGUGAGGACUUCAAGCCCCACCACAUAGCAUGCUUCCUUUCUCUCCUGGCUCGGGGUAAGAAGUGGCUGUGGUGUUUGGCAAUGCUAAUUCAACGCCGCAACAUAUAGUUGAGGCCGAGGAUAACGAAGAGACAUUUUAAGUUUGUAGUAAAAGUGGUCUCUGCUGGGGAAGGGUUUUCUUUUCUUUUUUUCUAUAAUAACAAGGAGAUUUCUUAGUUCAUAUAUCAAGAAGUCUUGAAGUUGGGUGUUUCCAGAUUUGGUAACAACAGCAGCUCAUAGAAUUUUGAGUAUUCCAGGAGCUGCUCAUUACCGUUCUUUCUCUUUCUGCUCUGCCAUCUUCAGGAUAUUGGUUGUUCCCCUCAUAGUAAUAAGAUGGCUGUGGCAUUUCCAAACAUCCAAAAAAAGGGAAGGAUUUUAGGAGGUGGAGUCGGGUCAAACGUAAAAUAUAUAUACAUAUAUAGAUUGCUUAGAACGUUGAACUAUUAGAGUAUUUCCCUCCCAAAGAGGGAUGUUUGGAAAAAACUCUGAAGGAGAGGAGGAAUUAGUUGGGAUGCCAAUUUCCUCUCCACUGCUGGGCAUAAGAUGGAGAGGUUGAGGGACAGGAUCUAUAGGCAGCUUCUAAGAGCGAACUUCACAUAGGAAGGGAUCUGAGAACACGUUGCCAGGGGCUUGAGAAGGUUGCUGAGUGAGUUAUUGGGAGUCUUAAUAAAAUAAACUAGAUAUUAGGUCCAUUCAUUAAUUAGUUCCAGUUUCUCCUUGAAAUGAGUAAAAACUAGAAGGCUUCUCUCCACAGUGUUGUGCCCCUUCACUCAUUUUUUUUGGAGGGGGUCUCUGUUAACAUCUAGCCUAAAGUAUAGAACUGCCUGGGGGGCAGGGUUAGGAAUCUCUUCACUACCCUGAUUCUUGAUUCCUGGCUCUACCCUGUCUGUCCCUUUUCUUUGACCAGAUCUUUUUCUUCCCUGAACGUUUUCUUCUUUCCCUGGACAGGCAGCCUCCUUUGUGUGUAUUCAGAGGCAGUGAUGACUUGCUGUCCAGGCAGCUCCCUCCUGCAGACAGAAUGCUCAGGGUCACUGAACCACUGCUUCUCUUUUGAAAGUAGAGCUAGCUGCCACUUUCACGUGGCCUCUGGAGUGUCUCCACCUACACCCCUGUGCUCCCCUGCCACACUGAUGGCUCAAGACAAGGCUGGCAAACCCUCCCAGAAACAUCUCUGGCCCAGAAAGCCUCUCUCUCCCGCCCUCUCUCAUGAGGCACAGCCAAGCCAAGCACUCACGUUGAGCCAGUGGGCCAGCCACAGAGCAAAAGAGGGUUUAUUUUCAGUCCCCUCUCUCUGGGUCAGAACCAGAGAGCAUGCUGAAUGCCCCCUGCUUGCUCGGUAAGGGUGCCCCGCCUGAGUCAGUGCUCUCAGCUGGCAGUGCAAUGCUUGUAGAAGUAGAAGGAAACAGUUCUCACUGGGAAGAAGCAAUGGCAAGAGCCCAAGUGCCUCACCUCGAAAGGAGGCCCUGUUCCCUGGAGUCAGGGUGAACUGCAAAGCUUUGGCUGAGACCUGGGAUUUGAGAUACCACAAACCCUGCUGAACACAGUGUCUGUUCAGCAAACUAAGCAGCAUUCCUACAGCCUAGGGCAGACAAUAGUAUAGAAGUGUGGAAAAAAACAAAAACAGAAUUUGAGAACCUUGGACCACUCCUGUCCCUGUAGCUCAGUCAUCAAAGCAGAAGCCUGGCUCUGCUCUACUAAGAUUGGAAAUGUACACUACCAAACACUCAGUCCACUGUUGAGCCCCAGUGCUAGAAGGGAGGAGGGCCUUCCUGUGUUAAUGGCAUAGAGGCUGCAGGGGUUAGCCUGGACUACAGGCAUCGUUGUCUUUUGAGCUAUUCACCUCAGUAGAAAAGAAUCUAAGGGAAGAUCACUGUAGUUUAGUUCUGUUGACCUGUGCACCUACCCCUUGGAAAUGUCCUGGUAUUUCUAAUUCCACAGGUCAUCAGAUGCCUGCUUGAUAAUAUAUGAACAAUAAAAACAACUUUCACUUCUUCCUAUUGUAAUCGUGUGCCAUGGAUCUGAUCUGUACCAUGACCCUACAUAAGGCUGGAUGGCACCUCAGGCUGAGGGCCCCAAUGUAUGUGUGGCUGUGGGUGUGGGUGGGGGUGUGUCUGCUGAGUAAGGAACACUAUUUUCAAGAUUCUAAAGCUCAAUUCAAGUGACACAUUAAUGAUAAACUCAGAUCUGAUCAAGAGUCCGGAUUUCUAACAGUCCUUGCUUUGGGGGUGUGCUGACAACUUAACUCGGGUGCCUUACAUCUUUUCUAAUCACAGUGUUGCAUAUGAGCCUGCCCUCACUCUCUCUGCAGAAUCCCUUUGCACCUGAAAGCCUACUGAAGUGGCUGGUAGAAAAAGGGGCCUGAGUGGAGGAUUAUCAGUAUCACGAUUUGCAGGAUUCCCUUCUGGGCUUCAUUCUGGAAACUUUUGUUUGGGCUGCUUUUCUUAAGUGCCCACAUUUGAUGGAGGGUGGAAGUAAUUUGAAUGUAUUUGAUUUAUAAUUUUUUUUUUUUUUUAGGUUAAAAGAUGGUUGUAGCAUUUAAAAUGGAAAAUUUUCUCCUUGGUUUGCUAGUAUCUUGGGUGUAUUCUCUGUAAGUGUAGCUCAAAUAGGUCAUCAUGAAAGGUUAAAAAAGCGAGGUGGCCAUGUUAUGCUGGUGGUUAAGGCCAGGGCCUCUCCUACCACUGUGCCACUGACUUGCUAUGUGACUCUGGGCAAGUCACUUAACUAUAAGGUGCCUCAGUUUUCCUUCUGUUAAAAUGGGGAUAAUAAUACUGACCUACCUCAAAGGGCAGUUUUGAGGCGUGACUAAUGCUUUUUAGAAAGCAUUUUGGGAUCCUUCAGCACAGGAAUUCUUAAGACCUGAGUAUUUUUUGUAAUAGCAGUGUCCACCAUGAACUUGAUAUGUCCAUGUGUCCCAGAUGCUGUCAUUAGUCUAUAUGGUUCUUCAAGAAACUGAGUGAAUCCAUUGGAGAAGCGGUGGAUAACUAGCCAGACAAAAUUUGAGAAUGCAUAAACAACGCAUUGCCACGGAAACAUACAGAGGAUGCCUUUUCUGUGAUUGGGCGGGAUUUUUUCCCUUUUUAUGUGGGAUAUAGUAGUUACUUGUGACAAGAAUAAUUUUGGAAUAAAUUCUAUUAAUAUCAACUCUGAAGCUAAUUGUACUAAUCUGAGAUUGUGUUUGUUCAUAAUAAAAGUGAAGUGAAUCUGA